UGAUGAGGCGAUGGUAGUGAUGAAAGCACCAUUGGACGAAGUAAUGAGAAUGGAUGCGAUGAUGAGGGGUUUAUUAGAAUCGUUGAUGAAAACUGAGUGUGAUAGUAACGAUGCAGAUAAUAUAAAUGGUGAAAUCAAGGAGUGCGAAAGGGGUGUUAAUGAAAAGCAAGAGGAUACAAACAGAAAG